UGCCCGACCAGUCCAUCAUGUCCCCCACCACCACUCAGCCGUCUGUGACCAAACGUAGGUCCGCUGCAAAGCGUCACAUCGUCUCGUCGACGGACGAGGAGGCAGAUGAUACGCGCUUCCAGCCGUCCACAGGCAAGCGUGCUCGCACAGCCGAAACCGACGACUCACAGGUGGACAUCGUUGACACCCCAACGGAGGAAAGUCGUUUCCUUCCCGAUGGCACAUCCCCUUUAUCACAUCCCACUCGGCCCAAGAAGAACACGAAAAAAUCUGCACCCAAACCGAAACAACACGUUGUGCACUCAGACGACGACGGCGACUUCGGUGCUGAUGCGAAUAUCGAGGAUAAUCCGGUCGACAUCGAUUUUCUGUCCUCAGACUUAGAUGACGAUAACCUCGAGGUCGAUUCUACAUCUAAACGCGGCAGAACGAAGGCAACCUCCUCGAAGAACACAGCUGCAAAGGGCAAGCUGGGGCCACCGAAGAGCGCAAAGGGCAAGACCCACAAAGAGAAAGAGAUUUUCAUCAAGGAUGAACGUAAAUUGCUUGCUCUUCCGUCCUCCACACCCAGGGCAUCUACCGCCACAACUCACACUGAAACAACUACUCAAGAAGAACCGGCCUCCGUCGUACCUUCGGCUUCCUCUAAAUCCGUGCCAGAUACUACCGCAACCCAAGGCGCCACCGAAAAAGACGCUGCAAACCCACCCGUCCCGAAGAGACGCAAGCUCCCGACCAUAACCAAGACAAGACAGCCAGGUGCUGUUGGAACCACCCCCACGCCUAGCAAUCCCACCACUACAACCAAGCCAUCUGGUCCUCUCCCCCCGUCAACCGGUGAUUCGGUGAAGCCCCCAUUACCAAGCAUUCAGCAACGAAAGACAGCUCUUUCGGGGACGCAGGACUUUGACCUACGUCAACCUAACAUUUAUGCGGAAUUGUUCAAACCAGGUGGGGCCAGCGCGCCUGGGUCAAGUUUGACUCGACGAGAGAAGGAAGAAGAGCGACGAAAAGAGUUAAACCGGAUGAGGGACGAAGCACGAGCCAAGCGUGCAGAAGAAGCGAAAAUCACUUUCGAUCUCCAAGCACAGGCAGAGAAGAUUGCGCGCUUUGAACGCCGGCUGCGUGGGGAAAAUAGCAGCGCUCUCCAUCCAAACUUUCUCGCUGCCAAAUUCAGGGACGAAUGGGAGAUGGAGAGACGUCGACGGCGAGACGAUCGAGGGACGUCUAGAGAUGAGGGAGACACUCACUCCGUUGCUCAUUGAUUUUUUUGUACAGUCAUGGAUUAGCGU